AUGCGUUGUUCAACAUUGUUGGUACCGAGUCUAGCAUCCCUUGCCCUUGCUGCACCAACCUACCCCACGCUCAAUCUUCAGGCCGCGCUGCCGGGCUUCAUCGAGCACAUAUCCGAGUAUUUCAACAUGCUCGCAACCAAGGUCCAAGCCACUCGGUACCUCUCUGCCGCUCCGGUCUGCGAUCUUUCCGCUGCCAAGCUGCCCCAAUGUGAGCGACGUAAACACUUUCAGGAGUCUACCAGUGCUGACUUGCCUUCAGCCGCCAUCGAGACACUUGGCGAGCCCGAGCAGGGUCUGUCCCUGAUGCACAUCGCCAUCGGUCGCGGGACCCAAAACUACACCUGUGACACCAAAAACGCCACAGCAGUGCCCGUCGCCACCGGUGCUAUCGCGACGCUCUUCAACGCCAGCUGUGUCGGGUCCUUGUACCCUGACCUUCUUGACAAGCUGCCGAUAGUUGCCAUGGACUUCAACCUCACAGAGGAGGAGGUCAGCCGCCGCCUUGGGCCAAGCAACCUUGCCAUAUCGGGCCACCAUCUUUUUACGGGUGCUGGGGUGCCACUAUUCAAGCUGGAACCGGACGGAUCGCCCAUCGGGGACGCAUACUGCGCCAAGAACGGUUCCAUGCCCGCACCCCUCACAGCGCAGACUGGCCAGCACGGCGAGGCUGCCGUCGCGUGGCUCAGAUUGAAGGUUAUCGAGCCCAGUAGUGGUGGUCUUCGGGAGGUCUACAGGAUACAUACUGUCGGUGGCAGCGCUCCCGCUUCUUGCAAGGGCCAAUCCGAGGCUUUUGAGGUACAAUAUGCUACACAAUAUUGGUUUUACUCGGACGCUUCGUAG